AUGAGGGCAAGGUCCCAUGAGUACAAUCAGUGCGGAAAGGCCGUGAGAAGGAGCCCAGGCCUCACAUGGUGCACGGGGAGCCCGCCGGGCGAGAAGACCCACAGGUGUGCUGAGUGUGGGAAGGGCUUCCGUCACCUGUCCUCCCUGAGAAGACACAUGCGCACCCACUCGGGCGAGAGCCCCUUUGCGUGCCACCACUGUGGAAGCGCCUUCUGUCACCAGUCGUCCCUCAAGACUCACAUGAGGACCCACACAGGUGAGAAACCAUACACGUGCGGCCAGUGUGGGAAGCGCUUCAGCACGCGCUCCUACCUCACGGUGCACACGCAGAUCCACACUGGUGAGAAGCGCUACGCCUGCGGCGCCUGCGGGAAGGCCUUCAGCAGGAGCUCCUACCUCCGCGUGCACCAGCGGACCCACACGGGGGAGAAGCGCUACACGUGUGGGGACUGUGGCAGAGUCUUCGGUCACUCGUCCAACCUGCGGAGGCACGUGCGCACCCACACGGGGGAGAAGCGCUACCGGUGCGGCCGCUGCGGCAAAGCCUUCGUGCAGAGCUCCUCCCUGGUGGUGCACAGCAGAACCCACACCGGCGAGAAGCCCUACCCAUGCCCCAAGUGUGAGAAGGCCUUCAUCGACACCUCGUCCUUCCGGAAGCACGUGCGGACCCACUCCAGGGAGAAGCCCCAUGCCUGUGUGCAGCGCGGCAAGGCCUUCAGUCGCAGCACGCCACUCGUGGUGCAUAAGCGAGCCCACGCCGAGGAAAACCUCAGGAACGGGGUGGACAUGAGGUUGCCUUUGUCCCCAUCCCUCCCUUAG